AUUUUAGUUAGUCUGUCAAAAGGUGGUUCUGUUGCUCACUGAGUACAAUUGAGUUGUGUCGCCCUCUGCAGCCUGGGAAGUUCACUUUUAGCCUCGGAAACAGCAGCUGCUCUGGAGUUUUCAGUAUUAGAAAAGUACUACGAUAAAUGAUAAUCAUAAAAAGUCCCCAAUCGUAAUCAUCACAUCAGAAGGUUAUAUGCAUAAUUUCCAAAGAGCUCUAAAAAUUUUAAAUAUGAAUCCUGUUUGAUGAGAACUUUUAGAAAGCUUUAUCUGUUAAUGGACAGAAUAGAUUAGCUUUACUGUCAUCAUACUUGGGGACAUGAUGGAAAUAUAAGUAGCUGCCUCUGGACGGUGCAUUGAAACAAGCUAAAUUAACAACAAUAAAUAACAUAAUCAAAUGUACAUAUUAAAUAAAACUAUAUUAAGAAUUCUAACAUAUGCAAAAGAGGCAAGAUAUAUACAGUACAAAGAGGAGAUAAUGAGAUCAAAUAAAAAACAAUAAAAUGGAAUAAAUAUGGACAGGAGAUUGUGCAUAAGCAGCAUUAUUAAAAGUUACACUGUGUGUUAUUGUUUUGAGUUCAGAAGUUUGAUGGACCAUGGGUAAAAACUGUUUCUCAGCCAGUCUUUUUUAUGAAUGACGGCUUCUAAACGGACCCUGUGGUGACUUUGUUUUGUCAGUAUUUCUUUUCAUUUUCCCCUGUGCACUUUAUAGUAGUUCUGCUACAAAACUGAAUAUUUACGUUUUUUGUAAGGAUUAAGAAGAAAUAUAAUAUACUAAGCAAAAACAAGAGGGCCACAUGUAAUAUUAUAUUCAAUUCUGUUUAUGUUUUUAACACAGGGCAGUAAGCAAUACACGACAACCUGACAACACAAUAGACGCCACGAAACAACCAAUUACCCACUAUUUUGGAAAUGAUGAAUAAUGAGCAGAUCGACAGUGGAGACGUUGUUGUUGAUGCUGACUUAUGCAAUGUUUUUCCACUCUUCCUGAAGGGUUCGGUGAAACUGGCAUACAUUUAUGGAGAUGGGAUCAUACUGUUUGACACAUCCAUCUAGAGCAGAUUGUCUAUGUUAACACACUGCCUGGCUUUGGUCCUAACCAACAUUCCAGCAUUCAGCAGCCAACAGCCCACUGUCAUUUUCUCUUGUCAUCUGUGGCAUCAUGUCAUUUGAAUAAAGCUGCAUUUUGAGGCAACCUUUCAUAGUCACAACAAUAGAAAUGAGAUUUUUAACCUUUUCUCUCAGGCAAUAAAGACAAUCAUUUGCGUCCCGUGUUUAUGUUUUUAUUCAAUGUAAUUCUAAAUGUCUUCCACUAAAUACUGUGCAGACUGCAUGAUUGUUUUCUGUGAAAUAGAUCUGUGUAUUUCAAUUUAUUGACUGAGCGACCUGGGCAAGAGUUCUGACAUAUUUUUUUUGUGUAUUGGUGAAAGAGUUCAGUUAAACUCACUUGAACAGAGACAGAACACUGCCAGGAAGGUAAAUGCUUUCAAAAUAAUUUAAAUAAUUACAGCUUAUCACAAGGACAGCUAUAGGUUACCAGUUACCCAGACUGUAUGAAUAAUUUGUUGCACCUGCCUGUCACUUGAUACCAUACAGAACAGCAAAGUACAAGCAGACUCUCGCUGGAUGAAGUGUUGACCAAAGUUGCUGUUUUUGGCUGAAGCGCCGACAUUCCUCAGACAGUCCUUGUGAUUUUUGCUCCAGGAUGGACCUUGCAGAAACCAGUGCUUGGAUCACUUACUUAAGAAAUGACUCUUUGCUGCAACCUCUGUGGGACAGCCUGAGGCUCAACUACAGCGACUAUUUGAGAUCUCCGCUUUUCCCCAUUGUGCUGACCGUCUCGUCUUACUUUAUCAUCUGCCUCCCUUAUCUUAUUUGUGAUAUCAUGGGGGACAGAUGGGCAUGGGUCCAGCAAUUCAAGAUACAACCGAACCGUCGGCCAACCGCCUCUACACUGCUGCACUGUGCAAGUGUCACCUUGUACAAUCAUGUUUUUCUUGUGUUCCCUGCGUCUGUGGCUCAGUGGGCCUGGAGGCCACCUGUGGACCUGCCGGAAAGAGCCCCGACCCUGCUGGAGCUGAUUGCAGGGGUGAUUGGCAACCUCCUGCUCUUUGACUUCCAGUACUUCAUUUGGCACCUGCUUCACCACAGGAUCCGCUGGUUGUAUGUCACCUUCCAUGCUAUCCACCAUAACUAUUCAUCUCCCUUUGCUCUUGCCACUCAGUGUCUUGGCGGCUGGGAGCUGGUCACAGUGGGUUUUUGGACCACCCUGAAUCCGAUGAUCCUGAGAUGCCAUCUUCUCACGACAUGGGCCUUCAUGGUAUUACAUGUGUACGUUUCUAUAGAGGAUCACUGUGGCUAUGAUUUUCCCUGGUCCACGUCACGUGUGAUACCAUUUGGCAUCUAUGGAGGGCCCAGCAAACACGACGUGCACCAUCAGAAACCCAACACCAACUUUGCACCGCACUUCAGCCACUGGGACAAAAUAUUUGGCACACACGCUGAUUUCAGUUUCUGUACUCCAGUGAAAUAGGUUGUUGCAAAAUUGACAGCAGCUAGACAGACAACAAUAUUUUCAUGUAUCUGUUCUCAUUAUUCAAAUUAUGUGAACAUAAUGGUAUUAAGGAAUGGAAGCUGAAGAGAAAUGUACAUUUUCUUUCGAUGCAAAUGGAAUGAGGAUAGUGCCGCCAUUGUACUAAGACUUUCCUGUAACUUCAAUGACAGUUAAUUAAUUCUGCUUAUAAAAUCUUUAUUAUUUGAACCAUGUAAAUCAUAUAACUAUUGCCUUUAAAUGUCCCUGCCUCAUAAUGUAUCUGGUUUCAUACCUUUGAAAGAGCUCUAGAAAUGGCUUAUUAUAUUCUUCCUAAGACAAAUACAUGCAUUUUCAGGCCCACAGAUGAAAUCAUUUGUUUAUCUAUUGUAAAUAUUCACAGCAGGAAUGUCGCUUUACAUAUUUAAUAAAGCUAUAUGUAUAAAUCACAACUAAUGCGCAUAUUGAUGCAUUUAGUAACUAAUGUCUCCAGAUGAAUAAGCUUCAUGUCUUACUGAGUAGCAAUAAAUUAUGCUUC